UGGUGGGGAGGGUGAGCUGCCAGCCAGCCAGGCCAGCCUUGCAGUGGCUCGCUCAGGCCUUGGAUCGUCGCUACAGCCCCCGGGAAAGGAGGAGACGAAGAUCCAGGGGGCGAAGUUGGCAGAACUCAGGAGACACCCGGAGUCUCACUGCUCGAGUUUCUCUCGGCCCUUGUCAGUUGAUUCGUAGUCUGAAAGCAUAUCUCUAAAUUCUGCACAAUGAUGUCCCCCAUCAAGAUGUGAAGAGAGCAAGAACAUAGGACAAGAAGUGAGAGUCUGAUGCACGGCCAUGGAGGUUAUGACUCUGAUUUUAGUGAUGAUGAACACUGUGGAGAAUCUAGCAAAAGGAAAAAAAAGGCAGUUGAAGAUGAUUUACUGCUCAAAAAGCCUUUUCAGAAAGAAAAACAUGGAAAAGUGGCCCAUAAACAAGUUGCAGCGGAAUUGCUGGAUAGGGAAGAAGCAAAAAAUAGAAGAUUUCAUCUCAUAGCUAUGGAUGCUUAUCAAAGGCAUACAAAAUUUGUAAAUGACUAUAUUUUAUACUAUGGUGGCAAAAAAGAAGAUUUCAGGAGAUUAGGGGAAAAUGAUAAAACUGAUAUGGAUGUUAUACGAGAAAAUCAUAGAUUCCUAUGGAAUGAGGAGGAUGAAAUGGACAUGAAUUGGGAGAAGAGACUUGCGAAGAAAUACUAUGAUAAAUUAUUCAAGGAAUACUGCAUAGCAGAUCUCAGUAGAUACAAAGAAAAUAAGUUUGGAUUUCGGUGGCGGAUAGAAAAAGAAGUAAUAUCUGGAAAAGGCCAGUUUUUCUGUGGAAAUAAAUGUUGCAAUAAAAAAGAUGGCUUAAAGAGUUGGGAAGUUAAUUUUGCUUAUAUUGAGCAUGGUGAAAAGAGAAAUGCACUUGUCAAGUUAAGAUUAUGCCAAGAAUGUUCCUUUAAAUUAAAUUUUCAUCACAGGAGAAAAGAAGUCAAGUCAAAAAAAAGAAAGGGUAAAGUCAAAACAGAUGAUGAAGAGUCAUCACCUAAAAAAUCCAGAUUGUCUUCUGCAGAAGAGACCUCCAAGAAAAAAGAUAAAGGACAUUCAUCUUCAAAGAAACUAGAAAAUUCUGGAAAUAGAAACUCUGAUGAGGAAGAAAGUACUUCAGAAUCCGAACUUUGGAAGGGCCCACUACCAGAGACAGAUGAAAAAUCACAGGAAGAAGAAUUUGAUGAAUAUUUUCAAGAUUUGUUCCUGUGAGAUGCAGGAAAGAAGCCUAUAUUCCUUAAUGUGAAAGUAUACUUUGAAAUUCUUCACAAAAGUUUUAUUUAUGAGUGGUAGCUUGAGUGGUUUGUCCUUAGAAAUAAAAAUCUAGCAGCUCUCAGGAUGUCAGAUGCUUUGGCAGUUCUUUAGUUUUAUUAGGGCCACUUUCCCCCAACCUUUGUAUAUCUUUCCAUUAUUUAUUUUCAACUGUUUUAUCUGUAGCCCUGGAGAAUAGAACUAAUAAACUAUACAGACAUUCCAUUGUUCUAUGUUUUUAGGCUAUUCCCCUACUUAUUCAUGUUUAUCUUCCCUUCAAUUAGUUUAGAUUAUUGGGGUCUCACAGAACUUACAAAGUAGAUAAAGAAUGUGGUCAGCCUCUACUUCUCUUGGAUAUAGUGACACUCUCCUGUUAAUCACUUAUUUUCCCAUUACCAUCUAUUUUAGAUGCCUUUCUUCCCCCAUGCUUUUCUCUUGCUUCCUUUGUACCUUUACCACUUCGGGGAGUUUGUUAUAAUCAAAUUUGACUUCCCAGUUUGUGGGUAAUUUACUAUAAAAUAAAUUAAUACCACAGGAGACCAGAAGGGGUCCCCAUAGUCUACAACAGUGGUGUGCUGACUUCCCCACAGAGAUUACACAAUGAAAUAAUUUAACUGAGUAAUACUGUGUGUAUAGAGCUUGUCCAAUACAGUCAUGUAAAUAUGGAUAUACUUCUAAGCAGGGAUAUACUGUAAGAGUAACUUCUUAGGGGCCACACCCUGAAUGGGUCUGAGGAUAUGCUUCAGGAGAUCUAAACACUCCUAGAAACUAUGGCUAAAUUUUUACUCUGUGUGGAUUUUGGAGAAAGAGUCCAUAACUUUCAUCAAAUUUUCAGAAGAGCUUAUUUUUUUUUUUAAAGUGGAGACCCACUUAUAAAGAGCAAAUGGAUGGAUAGAAGAGAAUUCAAGAAAUGUUUCUACAGUUUUUAUUACAUGUGAAGCACUGUGCUGGACAUUGCACACAGGAACUUUCUAGGAAAUAAUUAUGCAGUCUUUUCUAAACUACCAGAAAAUAGUAAAGUGGUAUUAGUUUAUUAAUGUGUGUUACAGUCAGUGACAUUCAGUCCCCCAGUUGCCUGGGGCUUUGAAGUUAAGUUUCAUAUACUUGCUCUUAAGCAAAGUUCUUAUCUAUGGCAGCCCUUCCUUGGUGGCAGUAUCUUCUGUAUAACAAAGUCUCUAAGAUUCAUAUACCUUCAAUUUAUUAUAAUUUAGAUACUUUUUAAAAGAAAAUAUGUGGCAAAAUGUAUGGCAUAAUUGUUAUUUGGUCGGUUUUCUAAUUUGUUCUGUGAUUCAAGACAAGUAAAGAAAGAAAGCUCAAAUUUCUCUGAAGCCCAGAUAUAUAUCAUAUAGUAGAAGUAGCUGAUAGUCUUGUUUCUUUCACAAUUCAUUAUUUGAAAGGUCCGGUUAGAAAGAUCAAGUAAUUAUCUUUUAGAAGUGACCUCUAUUGAAUUCCUUCCA